GCUGUUCGUUUGAGAAGGGAGACAAGAGUAAUUUUGUGUGCAUAUGUUAGAAACAAUUUCCAGCACAAAACGUUAGCUGUCAUGUACAUCUAGCUACGUUUAGCAAUGUGGCUCAUUAUAUUGUGUAACAUAGCAUAUACUAAAUUUACUGGAAAUGUGUUGCUUAGGUGGGAAAGCCGUUAGCGCACUAAGACAGUGGCCUUAUGUUUCAACAUGUCUGCGCCCGUUGUCAUUGACAUUGGAAAGACAUGUUCACCCAACGUCUGCUUACUUUACAUCACGACGACCGUUGAGCUUAUGGGGUUCUUCAAAGACAGAUGAUUGGAAUAAGGCUAUGUCUGAAGCAGAAAAGAUUGUCGGAUACCCAACUUCUUACUUGAGUCUCCGAUGCUUGCUAAGUGACGAAAUGUCGAAUGUUGCACUUCACGUCCGGCGUUUGGUUGGAACUAAACACCCUCUUCUCCAAACUGCCAAGCAUUUGAUAUAUGAUGGGAAAAAUGGCCUCCAGACCAGAGGUCUAAUUGUUCUCCUAAUGGCUAAAACUGCCGGACGUCCAAGCUCAGAUGGGUAUGACAAGGAUUUAUCAAAUCAGCAGCAACAAGUCAAUGAUGCAAGCAGUGGCAUUACUGAAAGGCAACGGCAACUUGCGGAAAUAACAGAAGUUAUCCACACUGCAUACCUCAUCCACAAGGGAGUAGUGAACCUGGAUGGAUUGCAAGCAGCAGAUGGAAGCUGUCGUGACAUGGAGUUUGGAAACAAAAUGGCAAUCCUGAGUGGAGACUUUCUACUUGCCAGUGCUUGCAGAGGAUUGGCUUCACUUAGGAAUACAAAAGUGGUAGAGAUGAUCUCCACAUCCAUUGGGCACAUGAUGGAAGCAGAGUUUGCAUUGUCUCGUGAUAGACUCAACAAUCCCCUACCCUCGCUAGACAUAACCAUUGAUACCUGGCAACAAACUACGUUUAAUGCCUCAGCGAGUCUCGUUGCCAAUAGUUGCCAGUCUGCUGUAGCGCUGGUAGGCCAUGGAGAAGAAGUGCAAACUCACGCGUACGAAUAUGGAAAGAAUAUGGGUUUUGCUCAUCAGCUACAUCUAGAUUUACAGUCAUUUGAAGAGGAUGAUUGUGGCCCCGCAAGUUUGCAUUCUGCACCCACUGUCUUCCUGCAACUGGAGAGUGCUGGCUCUUCACUGCUAAAUCAGCUAUGCAAAGUCACCGAGGCAUCUGCAUUCAAUUACAGAGAGCUCAAAAAGCAAGUUUCGGUGAGUGGUGCACUAGAGAAGACCAAGGAACUACGGAAUUUUUACAGCCAGCGAGCUCUCAAUGCAUUAAACCAGUUCUCUAAGUCGGAUGCAAGUCGGUCUCUGGAGAGUAUUAUAAAAGUAAUGUCUAAUUCUUGACGUUGAGUGAAAUCAAUUGGUGUGGGUACCUAGUUGUUAAUGUCUCAUGGUGAUUAAUGUUUCUGUAAAGUGUAGUGUUAUAGUAUGAAGAGUUUAAAAAUGUAGAUCUGUCAUGAAAUUAUUCUCCCUGAAUCCCAUGACUACCAACAGUUUACACAAUUAUUUGAGCCAUUAAAAGAUUCAUAUACAAAAUGAAUGCUCUGUUUGACAUUUCCUUUAUAAUGGGUUUUAAGUCACAAGGCCACUCCCAUAUCAUUGUAGUAAUUAUUCAAAUAUAUUAACAUAAUAAAAUAUCGAUGUAGUGUGAUGUGAUAUCGAU